UAGUCGAGUCCGGCAUAUCCCACCUUGUUCAAUAAAAGAUCGCCCUUGUGUAGGGCCACUACAUUCCUUAAGAUUUAUCACCACUGCCCACCUUCCUUUGUAUCCCGGCACGACGCACAUAUAAAGCCCCCAUUGUUCUGCACCACCACGUAGGCGGGAUAAAACCAGUCGAGAACAGAAUUUGAGCAUUGGCAAAAUGGCCGGCAUAGGCGGAGGCUCUAACUACAACCCUGGCGGGGAGUCAGAAUUCACCACGCAGGACCCAUGGGGAUCGGAGCACACUACCACAGCAACGUAUUAUCCUGGAGAAACCACCAGGACCACCACCCAGCAAUGGACCCCGAUCACCACUAGUGAGUCAAGCUCACAACCCACCACUGCCACCGCAACUGCAACCCAUUCAUCCUCAACCUCCUCGAGUACCUCCACCUCUACCGCUGUCAAAAGCACCAGCAGCUCCGGCAGUUCUAGCAGCAACAACCAAACCAUCGCUAUAGCGGUUCCCGUUGCAGUCGUUGGCGCAGCUAUCAUCGCACUUCUACUAUUCUUCAUUCUAAGACGCAGGCGUCAAAAGCGCAACCGUGCCACCAUAUCACAGACCAACAUCAAUCAACCCCCAGUCAGCAUGGGCGCAGUCCCUCGCCAAGUACGAUCACCUCCACAACAGCAACGACCACAGCAAGCAGCAAACGGCGCAACAUGGGAAUUUGCGCCCACAAAUUCCCACGACAUCCCCUUCACGGGUCCCAUCCCAGGUCGCCCUGUUCCGCAAGAACCCGAGCAUAUCAACCCUACGAACAAUCAUCCCCGCGACUUUAGCCCACCAAGUACGAAUAACCACAACUUUCAUACCGCUGCUACCGCCGCAGCCGCAGCCGCAGCAGGAGCAGGAGCAGGAGCAGCCGCAGCAGCAGCAGCAGAAGUCCCCAACAGAGACAACAACAAUCCCGAGAGAAGCCCCCAGCCCACCAUGCCAGCCGCCUGGCCCUCCCCCGAAGCAAGACUUGACCGUCCAAUAUCGCCCUUUGAUCAUCCACUCGACGACGCAGUAUCUGAGAUAUCACGUCGAUCGUAUACCCAUGCUAGGGAUAUGGAUGAUGUAUCGUCUGUAUCGUCAUUUGAAGAUGAUGAGCGAAGGCCGGCUAUGCGUCGUUGAAAUUACCUUUUCACUCAAGAAAAAUUUAUUCAUUUGAUACUUUUUCUCUCGUUUCCAAUUAGCAAG